GCAGCUGGGCGCUUGCGCGGGGCGCGUGGCUGUGGCCGGGGUCUCCGCAGCCGCCGGUGCCGCCGUCGCUGCAGACGCCUCAGUCAGUCAGUCAGUCCCCAGCAAUGGCGGAAGGAGGUGAGCGAGAGGAGCUGCUCUCGCCGCCGCCGGUCUCUCCGGCCAAGCGCCUGUGCUCGUGGCCCAGCCCGCAGGCUCACCACCCUCGCGGGGCGCCAGGGGCGGCGGGCGGCGGGGCGGGGGGCGUCGGCGGCAGCUGCCUGCCCCCGGGGGCCCGCCCCCACCUGCAGCCGGAGUCCUUGCUGGACUGCGCCGCCAAGACGGUGGCGGAAAAGUGGGCGUACGAGCGGGUGGAGGAGCGCUUCGAGCGGAUCCCGGAGCCCGUGCAGCGCCGCAUCGUCUACUGGUCCUUCCCGCGGAAUGAGCGGGAGAUCUGCAUGUACUCCAGCUUCCAGUACCGCGGCGGCCCUGGCGCCGGCGCGGCGGGCGGCGCCGCGGGGGCUCUGCCGGCCGAGGAGGGGCCGCCGCCGCCGCCCCCCGGGGCCGCCGCUCCGGCCGGCUCCGCCCCCGGGGCCGCCGCGGCGGGGGCGUCCCCCGGGCUGGGCUCCGGGGCUGCAGCGGCCGGCGGCGGGGGCGGCGAGGGGCUCCCGUUCCGCCGGGGCAUCCGUCUGCUGGACAGCGGCUCCGUGGAGAAUGUGCUGCAAGUCGGCUUCCAUCUCAGCGGCACAGUAACUGAGCCGGCCACUACUUCUGAACCAGCAGUGACUUAUAAAGUUACCAUCAGUUUUGAUCGAUGCAAAAUCACUUCGGUGACCUGUGGCUGUGGGAACAAAGACAUCUUCUACUGUGCGCACGUGGUGGCGCUCUCGCUCUACAGAAUCCGCAAACCAGACCAAGUCAAGUUGCGCCUUCCCAUCUCAGAAACCCUUUUCCAGAUGAAUAGGGACCAGCUGCAAAAGUUUAUUCAGUAUUUAAUCACGGCACACCACACCGAAGUUCUUCCUACUGCCCAGAAACUGGCAGAUGAGAUUCUAUCCUCCAACUCCGAAAUCAACCAAGUCAACGGUGCCCCUGACCCCACAGCUGGGGCCAGCAUUGAUGAUGAGAACUGCUGGCAUUUGGAUGAAGAGCAAGUGAAAGAACAAGUGAAGCUCUUUCUCGCCCAAGGUGGUCACUAUGGCUCUGGAAAGCAGCUCAACUCAAUGUUUGCCAAGGUUCGAGAGAUGCUGCGGAUGAGAGAUUCCAAUGGAGCCAGGAUGCUGACGCUAAUAACUGAGCAGUUUAUGGCCGACCCACGACUCACACUCUGGAGGCAGCAAGGAACAAGCAUGACAGAUAAGUGCAGGCAGCUCUGGGAUGAGCUAGGGGCCUUAUGGGUGUGCAUUAUUUUAAACCCCCAUUGCAAAUUGGAGGAGAAAUCUUGUUGGCUGCAGCAACUGCAGAAGUGGAAUGACCUGGACGUCUGUCCCCUGGAGGAUGGGAACUACGGGCAUGAGCUGCCCAGCAUCACCAACGCGCUUCCCCAGAAUGCCGGUCACAGCUCAGAUUCUUUAUCCAGACCAAGACGGACAGUGUUCACUAGAGCCAUUGAGGGCCGUGAAUUGCAUUGGCAGGACAGCCAUUUACAGCGAAUAAUUAGCAGUGAUACAUAUAGAGCUCCUGCCUGCCAGCAGGAGAGUGAAAGACUGCUCUUUAAUUCCCAAGGCCAGCCCCUGUGGCUUGAGCAUGUGCCUACAGCCUGUGCUCGGGUUGAUGCCCUGCGUUCCCACGGUUACCCAAAAGAGGCUCUCAGACUCACAGUGGCCGUUAUCAAUACUCUGCGGUUGCAGCAGCAGCGACAGCUGGAAAUCUACAAGCAUCAGAAGAAAGAACUGUUGCAGAGAGGAACCACAACCAUCACAAACCUGGAAGGCUGGGUGGGCCACCCACUGGAUCCCAUCGGCUGCCUGUUUCUCACUUUGACGGAGGCCUGCCGCCUGAAUGAUGAUGGUUAUCUGGAAGUGUCAGAUAUGAAUGAAAGCAGACCCCCUGUGUACCAGCAUGUGCCUGUGGCUGCAGGCAGCCCAAACGGCAGUGAGUCCUACCUGUCCUUGGCCCUGGAAGUUGCUCUAAUGGGGAUGGGUCAACAGAGGGUGAUGCCCGAAGGCCUCUAUGCACAGGACAAGGUCUGCCGCAAUGAGGAGCAGCUCCUGAGUCGACUUCAGGAGCUGCAUCUGGAUGAUGAGCUCGUGCAAACACUGCAGAAACAGUGCAUCUUACUACUGGAAGGAGGCCCCUUCAGUGGUCUGGGAGAAGUCGUCCACCGAGAGAGUGUUCCCAUGCAUACUUUUGCCAAGUAUUUGUUCUCAGCUCUGCUUCCUCACGAUCCAGACCUGUCCUACAAGUUAGCCUUACGUGCCAUGAGGUUACCUGUUCUAGAAAACUCAACUUCUGCAGGCGACACUUCCCACCCUCACCAUAUGGUAUCUGUGGUGCCCAGCCGUUACCCUCGCUGGUUCACGCUUGGACACUUGGAAUCCCAGCAGUGUGAACUGGCCUCCACCAUGCUGACUGCUGCCAAAGGGGACACUCUGAGGCUCCGAACAAUCCUAGAAGCAAUACAGAAGCACAUCCAUUCUUCCUCCCUCAUCUUCAAACUGGCCCAAGAUGCAUUCAAGAUUGCUACGCCCACGGACAGUAGUACAGACAGUACCCUGCUCAACGUGGCCCUGGAGCUGGGGUUACAGGUGAUGAGGAUGACUUUAUCAACCCUUAAUUGGAGGCGCCGGGAGAUGGUGCGGUGGUUGGUGACAUGUGCUACAGAAGUGGGUGUGCGGGCCCUGGUGAGCAUCUUGCAGAGCUGGUACACCCUCUUCACCCCCACGGAGGCGACCAGCAUCGUGGCUGCCACAGCCGUAUCCCACACCACUCUCCUGCGCCUCAGUCUUGACUACCCACAGCGGGAGGAGCUGGCCAGCUGCGCCCGCACUCUGGCCCUGCAGUGCGCCAUGAAGGAUCCGCAGAGCUGCGCCCUGUCCGCCCUUACCCUCUGUGAGAAAGACCACAUCGCCUUCGAAGCAGCCUACCAGAUCGCCAUUGAUGCCGCCGCCGGGGGCAUGACGCACUCGCAGCUGUUCACCAUCGCCCGCUACAUGGAGCUCCGCGGCUACCCGCUGCGUGCCUUCAAGCUGGCCUCCCUGGCCAUGAGCCACCUCAACCUGGCCUACAACCAGGAUACCCACCCAGCCAUCAACGAUGUGCUCUGGGCCUGUGCCCUCAGCCACUCCCUGGGCAAGAAUGAGCUGGCAGCCCUGAUCCCCCUGGUGGUGAAGAGCGUGCACUGUGCCACGGUGCUGUCAGACAUCCUGCGGCGCUGCACGGUGACGGCGCCCGGCCUGGCCGGCAUCCCGGGCCGCCGCAGCUCAGGGAAGCUCAUGUCCACCGACAAAGCUCCCCUGCGCCAGCUGCUGGAUGCCACCAUCAAUGCCUACAUCAACACCACGCACUCGCGCCUGACGCACAUCAGCCCUCGGCACUACGGGGAGUUCAUUGAGUUUCUGAGCAAGGCCCGGGAGACCUUCCUGCUGCCCCAGGACGGCCACCUGCAGUUUGCCCAGUUCAUCGACAACCUCAAACAGAUCUACAAAGGCAAGAAGAAGCUGAUGCUGCUGGUGCGAGAGCGCUUUGGCUGAGAGAGCAGGCGGCUCCCGGCCGGGCAGCCUGGGCUCCCGGGUGCCAUCAGGUCAGGCCAAGGACACAAACAUUUGUCCACCCUGAGAGGACUCUGAGCACCUGUGGCUGAAGCCAAAGGACCACAGGGCUACACAUGGGGAGAGUCCAGCUCUAGCCAACAUGCCCGCCUUGGCAGUGUUCUCACAACAGCCCACUGUUCCUGGAGGAGCUGGGCCCUGCAGACCGAUCAGAAACCCCACAACGUGCCACCUCACACCCCGCAUCCUCUGUGUCCCGGGCAUUGGCCCUCUCUCCCUUGGCAAACACAGAACCGCUGUUCCGUCUCAGGGAUUGCUUAACCAGAGAAACAGAAGCAUUUAUGAUACUGUAAAUACGAUCGUAUAUGUGUUGCCAAUGACGUUGUAAAGUUGUAACUAUUUAUAACUCGGGUUCUAAUUUGAUGGGUACUUGAAGUAGCUGUGGGUGGGAAGAGGGGCCUGUUUUCUGAGGAGACUCACCACCAUUUCUCAGGUUCCCCUUGCGGAGUACAUGCUGUUGGCAGUGGAAGAGCGGGGGGGCAGGGAGGAAGACGGCCAGUUCGAGUCGGGCCGAGUCUAGUCUAUGCAGAAACCCCGGCUUGCGGGUGGGCAUCUGUAGCCCGGGGAAGGGUGAGGGGCAGGGCCCGGGCUGGGCUUCGACUCUCACCUCCCGAAGCCGUGAGGACGCGGACGCCCGGGCCGCGGCCUCACACGCCUGCUGCGCGCCCGGGAACCACGGGGGACCACGGGCCGGGCCGAGGCGGGGGUCCGGGAGGCCGCGGAGCUGGACCGGCUCCUCCGCCCCGGCCGCCUGUGCGUCGGAGAGGGUCUGGUUUCAUGGCUGCGUGCGGGUGUGCGUGUGCGCGCGGGUCUGUGUGGGCAGGCGUGUGUGUCUCUGUGCACAGAUACAUCCGCGCCCGUGUGCGCGCACAUGUCUGUGAAUAGGUCAAGUCUGCGUCCCUGUGAAGACCUGUGUGCUGGGCGGUGGGUUCUUUGUGAGGGAGACGCGUUGUGAACGCAGAAGACUACGUGUGUGUGUGAUGUUUGUCGAUGCAUCGUGAGUGAGUGUGUACCAUGAGUGCACGUGUAUAAGUGUGUCUGUGUGUGUCUUUCUCUGCAUGUCCACCGUCGCUGCGUCUGUGCAUUCGUAUUCGAGGUGCCCCUUCUCCUCCCGCCGGCGGCGCCUCUCCGGCCCUCUUCUCCUCUCUCCCCAGCUCGGCGCCUCCUUUCUUCCCCGUCUGGCCAAACCAGCUUCCAAACCCCGGUCUCGCUCUGCCCCGAGCGGCUCCUCCAGCACCACGUUUCUCUUCUCACCCUGUGCUUGCUUUUGCUUCCCCUACCGCCUUCUACCUCAAGCUUCCUCUGCCUGCUUUUGUCACAGUCCCGUUGGUCGCUGACUUGGAGGCUGCCGCUGGAUGGCGUGUGGCCUCUCCCUUUCCGACUAGUUUGCAGCCCGAGGGGCAGCUGGUCUUAGCCCCGGCUGACUUCCACGGUGUAUCGCCUCCUGGCCCCUCUUGCCCCGCCUGGACGUGUCGUAGGAGGCAGCGAGGGCGUUCCCAAGAGUCGUCUAGAUGCCAGUGUCUUGGUGUUUGCUGUUUUCAUGUUUUAGUUCCCCGCGUAGGGUGGGUUGCCAUAGGAAGGGGUGUGUAGCUAGAGUGUGAACUAAGGGCCUCUGUCUGCUUCCUUUUCCUUUCUCUGACAAACUGUGUCACUUUUUUUUUUUUCCCCUCCACACUAACAGAUAAGUUGUAUUUGCUGUUUGUGGCUACUGAAGUCUUACUGUCCAGCCGUGGGCCCUACAACCUCUCAGCCCAAUAGGUUGGUUUAAAAAAAAAAAAAAAGCCGCCACGCCCAUUUCUGUAUCACAAUUGCUGUUUUUUAGCAAGUGUGUGAACUCACAGUGCUUUUCUAUGAAUAAAUCAUGGGUCACAGAAAAGAUCAUUUUCCUAAAAUUGGAAAUUGUGUUCUUUCAAUAAAUGGGGCUCUUUGGA